AUGUUUCAGGUGCGAGGUCGUCCACAGCCGCAAGAUGUUUUAUGGUCCUUAAAUGGAGUGAAUCUCGAAUACGGUCGGCUGGGAGGUCGUCUCCAAAUACAUCAAGUUCCACGACAGUUCGGCGUUGAAAGUCGGUUGGCGAUCCAAAGUGUACGGGAUUCCGAUUUUGGCACUUAUAACUGUACUGCCUAUAACGAGCUGGGAAAUGAUUUUCAAACAGUUGAGCUGAAACCGAAGAGCGUGGUUGAUGCCGUUAUUGAUGACCAGUCCGAUGUGACAGUAAAAUGCGAGCCAUUAGACGGUGGUAGCUUUCUUCCAUACACGUACAAUUCAUCUUCGAAUGAAAGCCACGAACAACUGCUUUGUUCGAAAGUGAGCAUAUGA